AAGGUUGAAAACAUCAGAAGUUGCAAGGAUGGGUGACAGGAAGUUGUUAAUUUUCGGUCUGAACACAUUGGCGGCUCAUGUGAUCAAGAAGGGCGCCGUUUCCAAUCCCGUCCCCGCGAACCAUGAUUGACAGAUGGCCGGCCCAAUCAUAGCAGGACUCUCGUUAUAUAAACUGGUGCAGGCUCCUGCUUUCAGCAUUAUCUAGCUGGUCUUCAGAGGUUGCUAUGGCUCGCACGAAGCAGACAGCGCGCAAGUCAACCGGCGGGAAGGCCCCGCGCAAGCAGCUGGCCACCAAGGCGGCCCGCAAGAGCGCUCCGGCCACCGGCGGGGUAAAGAAGCCGCACCGCUACCGGCCGGGUACGGUGGCGCUGCGCGAGAUCCGGCGCUAUCAGAAGUCCACGGAGCUGCUGAUCCGCAAGCUGCCUUUCCAGCGGCUGGUUCGCGAAAUCGCGCAGGAUUUCAAGACGGAUCUGCGCUUCCAAAGCUCGGCGGUGAUGGCGUUGCAGGAGGCGUGCGAGGCGUACCUGGUGGGGCUGUUCGAGGACACCAACCUGUGCGCCAUCCACGCUAAGCGUGUCACUAUCAUGCCCAAGGACAUCCAGCUUGCGCGCCGCAUCCGUGGGGAGCGGGCAUAAAUUGCUUUCACUGCCGAGCGGCAACCUAAAACCAACCCAAAGGCUCUUUUCAGAGCCACCUACGCUUUCAAUCGGAAGAGCUGUUAGUGAAU